UUCAUCAGGAGGCGAUGGCGGCACCGCCGUGACAUCACCCCGCGGCUUAUAUAGUUGGGGAAGGGUCCGGGUCCCCCGUGUAGUGCCUGCAGCCGCCCGCCAGCGCGAGUGCCGAGAGCGCGGAGUGGCGCGGAGCGGCGCGGAGCAGCGCGGAGCAGCGGGGUUCUCUCUCUCUCUCUCUCUCUCCCUCCGUCUCUCCCCAGGAUUUAUGGACUUUACUUUCUAGAGGGCGGCGCGGCAAGGAUGAGAGCCCAGCUGGUGUGCGUGGUGCUGCUGGCCCUGGCCUCCUGCAGCCUCUGCUCAGAUUCAGAAGAGGAAAUGAAAGCCUUAGAAGCAGAUUUAUUGACCAAUAUGUACACAUCAAAGAUUAACAGAGCAAAACUUCCUUACUGGAAAAUGACCCUGCUAAAUGUCUGCAAUCUUGUCAACAACAUAAACAACCAAGUGGGAGAAACAAUAGAGGUAGAUGAAGAGGAUCUCGUUUCAGGAAGGCAGUUUCCUGCUGCUCUGGAUGGCUUCAGCUUGGAAGCAAUGCUGACAGUAUACCAACUCCAGAAAGUUUGCCACAGCAGAGCCUUUCAGCAUUGGGAGUUACUUCAGCAAGAUGCUUUUGAUCUAGAGAACUCAAGCCAAGACAAGGAAAUAAUGAAAAGAAAAAAUCCCUAUAUUCUGAAACGGCAGCUGCAUGUGAACAAAGCUAGAAGACCAUACAUACUCAAGAGAAGUUCAUAUUACUGAUGCAGCAGAAGAAAACAAUGUAUAUUUAGUUUAUAGGUAACUGUGCAUUAUGGUUAUCUUAUUUAAAUCUAAAAUCAUAUUUGUGUGAAAAUAUGCUAUGGAAAAUCAUCAAGAUGAUAACUGUGUCUUUUUUGCAAUUGCUGUUUCUUGAUUGUGAUUUUUUCCUACUUGAGAUUGAUUGGACCAAUACAUUUGCAAAUAAAUCUAGUUUCUAAGCAUGAUGUAUUGUACAAAACUGAGAUUUCAACAUAUUUCCAAGAAUAUUGUAGUCUUUUCCUAUUUUAUAAAGCACACCAACAUCCACCAAGUAAAUUGAUGUUGUCCAUAAACCCUACUGAGAAUCUUACAAUUUCUUAAUGCAACAUCUCAAACAUACAUACGCUUGGCAAUUUUUUUGUAUAAUACACUAGUCAGAACUGCCGCAAUAUUUUAUAUAUUGGCCAAUUUAAUUUAUUAGGGAUUAGGUCAAGGAAGGAAAGAAAUACUAUCAGCUAACUAUUAAAUCAUAAUUUCAAAAUGCAUAUUUUAAAUAGCUUGUAAAUGAAUUUUAAGUUUUUGACUCCUAACUUGUCACUGAAGAGUCAUAAUUUAAGAAAACAAUACAUAACUGAGACUUUAACAAAGUGUGCUAGUGAGAACAAACCCAGAUGUGCUUCAGAGUCUUGUGUAUCACCAACUAAAUAAAGAAAAUAAUUUAUUAAAUCAGUAAAAGAAUUUACAGUGUUUACCUAAUCUAUGAAUGCUCAGGAAAAAAAAAUAAAGACAAAAAAUAAAAGCUGAUUCAUGCUCCUGUGCUGUCACUGUUAAAAGUCAAAAUACUAAUCCAAUUAUAUGAGAAACUUGGGAGAAAUAUUUGAAAGAGGAACUAAAUUAGAACAUCUUAGACUUACAAUUAAAAAGCAUUUCCUUUCCCUCCCUCUACAAAUUUGUAAUAACAGCAGGCAGUUUCAGGGGUUUAUGACAGUCUUGGAAGCUGACGGAGAGGGAAGCUCUCAGCAUGGAAAAACUUGUUUUCAAGCCGUGAGGAAUCAAGUACCACCUGAAAAGUGUCCAUUUUCCAGCUCUGUGUCUGUGAUGUGUACACGAGACUCAGGAUGUCAGUCGUCCUGGGUUCCAGUCUGGAGUAAAACAGUCUGAAAGUACUGGGCGUCGCAACAACGGUCAAAAUAGAGGGAUAGUCCAAGACCCUUGAAACCCGGAUGUUCAGACCAGGAGGCAAAAAAUGGGACAGACAUUGCUUUUGAAAUCCUACCUGUUUUCUGUUUGUGGUAUUUCCUCAAGGCAAUGCUGUUCCAACAAAUUGCCAGAAAAAAACACUCAGAGAAUUUCCAAAUCCUCUCACAGGUCAGAUUUUUCUGUCAAUUAUUAUUAAAUAUAUACAGAGAUAUGCAUAGAAAAACCAUACCCAUGCCAAUGGUUACAGGAACCUGGUUACAUGGGGAGGGAUGGAUUUUUUUACAGUAAAAUGUAUUUUCACUAUAUUAAAGCUAAUUAUAUUUCCUUUUCUCACUGAAAA